GGUACUAGACCACUUGGCUCUGUCUUGUCUUUCUCCUUCAGAGACAAAAUUUCCAUCAUGAGUGCAUGCCCAAGUCUAUCUUCUUGCCAGGUCUGAUGACAGAAUCUGACUCUCGAACACUUACCAGACAUGGGAGAAAUGAUGGAUCGUCACUCCUUUAUCAUGCCCAGCAUAGAGAUGACACAGUCUGGUGUCCAAGUAAUAUAAAAGAGAAAAAUAUAACACGUGUCUCAGAAUUCCAUCUCAUGGGACUCUCAGAUGAUCCUCGGCUUCAGCCUAUACUCUUUGGACUGUUCCUGUUCAUGUACUUGGUCACAAUGCUUGGGAACCUGCUCAUCAUCCUGACGGUCAGCUCUGAUUCACACCUCCACAGUCCGAUGUACUUUUUCCUCUCUAACUUAUCAUUGGCUGACAUCAGUUUCACCUCCACCACACUGCCAAAGAUGAUAGUGGACAUCCAGACUCACACCAGAGCCAUCUCCUAUUCAGGAUGCCUGACUCAAAUGUCCUUUUUCAUGCUUUUUGGGUGUUUGGACAGUCUGCUUCUAGCUGUGAUGGCUUAUGAUAGGUUUGUGGCUAUCUGCCAUCCUUUGCACUACCAGGUCAUUAUGAACCCUCGUCUUUGUGGCUUGUUGGUUUUUGUGUCUGUUCUCAUCAGCCUUUUGGUCUCUCAGCUGCAUAAUUCAAUAGUAUUACAACUUACCUACUUCAAGAGUGUGGACAUUUCUCAUUUCUUUUGUGAUCCUUCUCAACUUCUCAAUCUUGCCUGUUCUGAUACCUUUACUAAUAACAUAGUCAUGUAUUUUGUUGGUGCCAUCUCUGGCUUUCUUCCUAUCUCUGGAAUUUUUUUCUCUUACUAUAAAAUUGUUUCCUCUAUUCUUAGAAUGCCAUCUCCUGGUGGGAAGUACAAAGCCUUCUCCACCUGUGGCUCACAUCUGUCAGUUGUUUGCUUAUUUUAUGGGACUGGCCUUGGAGUAUACCUCAGUUCAGCUGUCUCAUUGUCUCCCCGGAAGGGUGCAGUAGCAUCAGUACUGUACACCGUGGUCACUCCCAUGCUCAACCCUUUUAUCUACAGCUUAAGAAACAGGGACAUCAAGAGGGCUAUGUGGCAGCUCCUCAGAAAAACAGUCUAAUCUCAGGACCUGUGCCAUUCAUUUUGUAUC